GUCUGUUACACCUGGCCACAUGUCAGACGGCAACAUCAGUGGCUGCUCCAGUCGAGUACCCCGUCAAAGCUGACGUCACUGCCACUGUCAUGGCGAUGCUUCAAGGAUACGGAUACUCUGGCAAGCCCACCGACCCCAACAUCCAGGAGAUGGUGGCCAUGUUGAUGAACGGGACCGUCCCCACGGAGGUGGACCUGAUGCGACUGGGAGUCAUCCCACGAGCCACCCAACCGUCGACAA